AUCACUUCAACAUUUCGUAUACCUUUGCCAUACUCACAAUGAAUCUUUCGACCAAGUUUGGCAUUGUCUUCGCCAUUUUCGCGGCGGCAUUGUAUCAGGGCUUCCUGAAGACCACACUAUUCACCACUGUUGGCCUCGGUAGAGUUGUACAGCCUAUAUCUGACUUCCCAAGCUAUCAAUGUCGUCGGAUUCAUGAUCCAAGACUGGAGGCAUGCGAAGACAUGUGGCUGUCGGAGGAGACGAGGCAACUCUUCCUCGCAUGCUCCAGCUCUGCAUCUCGCAAAGAAUGGAUGCCCAAUGUUGGCCGCUUGAAUGCCUCAGGACGCUCUCUCAACGAUGCCAUCAUUGCCAUGGACAUCGACAAGCCGAAGGGAGACAGCUUCUCCUAUCAAACCUUGAAGACACCAGGUUUUGGAGGCGUCAAUGGCGAUGGUCGUCUUCACCUCGUCGGAUUCACGGCCAGAGAUGUCAAGUCGGAAGACGGCGACAAGCAUACGACGGAGUUCUACUUGGUCAAUGCCAAACCGUCUGUUGAUUCCGAGACCGGCGCUCUAUUGGACAACGCCCAAGUCGGACCAAACAUGACCAUCGAGUCCUUCGUGAUGCAAAAGGGCUUUACCGAGUUGAAGCACGUCAAGACCUUCCACGAUCAACACAUCACGACGCCCAACAAUAUUGCCAUCGAUCAUGUGGACGGCCAGCCAGCGUUCUUCUUCACCAACGACCACGGAACCGCCACGCACGGCAUCAAACACUCCCUCGCUCCUCUCAUCGCCGAAGGCAACGUCGGCUACUGCAGCGACACAACUUGCCGCGUCCUUUCGUCCAGCUGGAAAUUCCCCAACGGCCUCCUCCGCGGCCGCGAUGAUCGUUUGUACGUUCCCAGCGCGUGGGUCGGCGGUAUCAAAGUCUUCAAAGUCAAUGUCGACCGCUCGCUCGAACAGGUCAGCUACAUCGACAUUGACUACCCUCUCGACAACCUCUCGCAGGAUGCGAAUGGCGACAUCUGGGCGGCGGGCAUUCCGAAGGCGUUGAAGAUAUUCGCGGCUUUUGACGAUCCGUUGCAUGUUGUGUCGCCGGCGACCAUCUUCAGGAUCAGGAGGGGCCUCGACGGGUGGGAGGUCAAGAAGGUGUUGGAGGACGCGAAUGGUGAGAUGUUGCCGGGGGCGACGACGGCGAUCCACGAUGUCAAGACCGGGAGAAUCUUUGUCUCGGGUGUCACUGCGCCGUUCAUUACCGUGUGUGAUCCUGCGAAGCGCAAGUGA